AUGCCUAAACAAGCAAGACCUGAUACAUUUCAGUCCGAAGUUGAGGUCCAUUAUUCUGUUGGGUUCCUUGAUAAGUUGGUUUCCUUCAGUGUUCAUGGAUGCUCUAACCUCCGGAGGUUUCUGAAAAGGCUCAAGUUGAGAUCACUGGAAUUUAUUAAUCUUGAAGGAUACUCAAGCCUUGAAAACUUCUCCGAAAUCGAGUAUGAAAUUAAAGGUUUACGCCGCCUCGAUCUGAAUGGUGCUAGUUUAAAAGAACUACCUUCAUCCAUUGAAUACCUUACAGGGCUUGAGAUCUUUAAUCUACCAAGCUGCAAAAACCUCCCUACUAGCAUUCUUCAGCUGCAACAUCUAAAGUCUAUUCAUGUCGAUGAUUCUUCAGAACUUAAGUUUCAAAAGCAGGUGGGAGACUCUACACAAUCCAUACAAUCUACUAUAGGGUUUCAAUCAAUGCAAGAGGCAAGUCUUCGAGAUGGGAUCCUGUCGGAAUCAAAUUUCUUUACAACAUUUAACUGCUCAUCCACACUGGAGAAUUUAGAUCUAUCAAGGAGUGAUAUUGUUAGUCUUCCUGCAUGUAUCAGACGAUUUAUUAGAUUGAGGUACCUUCGGUUGAAUGAUUGCAAGAAACUUGAAGAAAUUCUAGACCUUCCACCAGAUAUAUUAGAGGUGUAUGCUGCUGGAUGCAUGCCAUUGGAACGUUUUCCUGAAGUAUAA